AAUGGAGGGAAACCAAACCCUAAAAAUGAGGCAAAAGGGUCCUUGGCUCCAUGCAAUUGCAAUGCAAUAUAAAAUUAGAAAAAAAAAAAAAACAAAUUCAGUUUCCUGCAGUUCUCACUCCACACUUCAUCUUCCACAUUUGGUGCUUCCAUGGCGAGGCUGCUUCGCAACGCCAACACGUUCCUUCUCAAGCGCUCUUUCCUUCACCAUAACCUUCCCACUCGUUCUUGCUAUGAACAAGGAGUAGUGGGCACGUCUCAAGUUUUGAGCUUUUCAACGCAUAAAGGUAAAAGGCGCUCUAAGUCAGAUGGAGAUGAGUCUAGUGAAGAGAACAUGUCUAAAAAAGAUUUGGCCCUACAACAAGCCCUAGAUCAGAUCACUUCUGCAUUUGGAAAGGGAUCUAUCAUGUGGCUUGGUCGUUCUGUCUCACCCAAAAAUGUACCUGUGGUGUCAACUGGUUCUUUUGCUCUUGAUAUAGCUCUUGGAAUCGGUGGUCUUCCAAAGGGGCGUGUUGUGGAAAUAUUUGGUCCCGAGGCUUCUGGGAAAACAACUCUUGCUUUGCACGUGAUUUCAGAGGCACAAAAGCUAGGAGGCUAUUGUGCCUUUGUUGAUGCUGAGCAUGCACUUGAUAAGACACUUGCAGAGUCUAUUGGGGUAAAUACUAAGAACUUGCUUCUCUCACAACCAGAUUGUGGUGAACAAGCACUUAGCCUUGUGGAUACCUUAAUCCGGAGUGGUUCAGUUGAUGUAGUUGUUGUUGACAGUGUGGCUGCUCUUGUUCCUAAAGGUGAGCUUGAUGGUGAGAUGGGUGAUGCUCAUAUGGCAAUGCAAGCUAGGUUGAUGAGCCAGGCACUGCGGAAAUUGUGCCACUCCUUGUCACUUUCACAAUGUAUAUUGAUUUUUAUAAACCAGGUGAGGUCAAAGAUUUCUACUUUUGGGGGAUUUGGUGGGCCUACUGAAGUUACUUGUGGUGGUAAUGCAUUGAAAUUUUAUUCUUCUGUGCGGCUAAAUAUCAAAAGAAUAGGGCUUGUCAAGAAGGGUGAAGAGACUUUAGGAAGCCAUGUUCUUGUCAAGGUUGUGAAGAACAAGCAUGCCCCUCCAUUUAAAACUGCACAGUUUGAGCUUGAGUUUGGCAAGGGUAUAUGUAGAGACGCAGAGAUUAUAGAGUUGAGCAUAAAAUACAAACUCAUUAGAAAGAGUGGUUCAUUUUAUGAAUAUAAUGGCCGGAAUUACCACGGUAAGGAUGCUCUAAAGAGGUUCCUGGCUGACAGUGGCAGUACAGAAGAAUUAGCAACAAAGCUAAGGGAGAAACUUCUUAAUGGCGAGACAGAUACGGCUCCAGAGGCGCAAGUGACGAUUGGAGAUGUUUCGGAAGAAACGGUAUUUCCUGAUUCUACUGAUGAAGAAGCAGCUGCUGUUGUCGAAGCAUGAAUUUGGACGUGAGGCAUCAUGCAUUAUUUUCCCUGGAUUAAAAAUGUCAUUUUCCUGGCCAAAUGAGGUUUCUUCACCCUCUUUUCGUGUGAGACUAAUCCUCACUUGAAGUAACUAUUGUGAUUUGUGUGUGCCAUAGAUUGAGGAAGUGACCACAAAAGGCCCCCACUCAAAUGAAGAAGGCUCUAACAAGCAACUAUUCCUCAUGCUUCUAUUUUGGAACGAUACAUUCACAUUUCCUUGUAAAUUGGAAAUUUUGGCCAUUUUAUGUGCAGGUCAUGAGUCAUGUGGCAAGUCCAAGUUUUGUGGCUGAGAGGAAAUGAUUUUCUACCUGGUUAGGAAUCAAGGGCCAAGGGUAGUCAAGUGUUUGUGAUAGUUUAGGAUUGAUGGCUAUGUAUCUCAUUACUAGCUAGUGGUAAUGUGGUAUGAACUAUGAACGAAAAUUGAAUAGGUUAUUUGUGAUACAUGUUUAAUUUGCAGAUAAAAAAUUCAGUUUUCUCCAGUAAAAAAUAGCAGAGCGAUAGAUG